ACAAUUUUGAAUGAGUACUGAAUCAAAAACAUAAACUACAGAAAGAAGAAAAUAAUGAUUUCAAAAAAUAUCGCAGUAUCCGGCGCCCAGUACAUCCAAGCAACCCCACCAGCACACGCGCUUCAGUCAGCAACAACGAAAACCACGCCAUCACCAGGUUUAGGACGGAGGACCAAACUGGCGGCCCCAAAGACAAGAUCGGCGGCGGUACUACUGAAGCGCCGGAGCCGCCGGAGUCGAAACGAUGGAGGACUUGAUAGUUCCAGUACAGGCGGUGGUGUAGGCGUCCGUGUAGGGCCAGGAGCUGGGGGAAGCGGUACCGGUACCGGUGCCGGAGCAGGCCGAAAUAUUAACAAUGCUCAAUCAAAUAGUGAAGAACCCUGCCAAUUUGUUCCUGUGCGUCGUAAGCCAUUAGGAGAAUAUAUGAAACUUGCUCCUGCAGUGGUCUAUAUUCCGCCUCCACCUCCGCCGGCUCUUACCUAUGCCGCAGCUGUGGGAGGUGUAUCAGGAGCAAGGUACAACGGCGUCAAGGUAAUCAUCUCGCCGCGUUUGAAGCGUGCCAGCAAACCCGGGAAAUCGAACAAGAACAAACGGCCCAAGAAGCCACAAAACACUAAGCCAGGUAACCAGUUCAGCAUAUUCGCAGCGGAGCAGCCAAAGGCGCACAUUGUCCAUGUGGAUUCCAAAACUUUUCAGGCGGAGAAGCAGCAGCCUGUCAAAGGGAAAGCGAAGCGGGUGAAGAAGGCCAAACCCAAGACAGACCCGAAAUUGCCCCAGAAUCAGCCGAAGCCAAAGAUUCCUGCGCCAAAAGCGAAACACAAAAAUGGAACCACGAUUCCCCAGACACCAACGGCGGCAUCCACGUCGACAAACAAGACCCCAAAGCCAAAGGUUCCUGCUCCAAAAGCUAAAGAAAAAAAGCAAACAGCAAUUACCCAGACACAAACGCUGGCUUCCACGUCGUCAACCUCAGAAACCCAGACGCCAAGCCCUGUACCGCUAGCUCCUGAACCUAUAUCAUCCACACAGGCACCGGAGCCACCAAGAGAAUUUAACGAUUCCUUCAGCUAUCUCAGCUAUCACCAUGAGAAACUCCAGCGCAUCCUGGCCGUCCAAACAGCUGGCAUGCAUCCUGUUCUCGCCCGUGAUCCUCAAGGCCCACCAUUAGCAUCUGCAUCUGGCUAUGCAGGAGAACCAGCAUCCUCCAGUUCGAAUUCCACCUUCAGUGCGGCAGCCCAACAUCCAGUGCAGCGGUAUCCCAUCGACAAGGACGAUCGGCUAUUAAAACGCUGCGAGUUAGAGGCCACCGCUCUGUUGGCACAAAACCAGGCAAUGCUGCGUCUAUGGAUUAACCCUCAUCUUUUUAUCUCCUAGAUAGCACCAGCCCGUUUCGCCCCCCGCCUCGAAAAAUUCAAAUUCAUUAGUUAGUUUUGUGUGUUGAUUUCAGUAAUUCUGUUAAAUCAAAAUUUGAAAAAUUACGGUCUAUUGGCAGGCAAAUUAGGGCUGCCAAUUGCGCGAAGUUGGCAGCACAGUUUUUGAGUAUAUCCAAAAAUAUAUAGUAUUUUUUUCACA